ACAGGUGAUGGUGGACGUCCGGUAGUGUGCUGAGAGUAUAAAGACUCACACUGUCUCUAAGCACCUGUACAGACAGACAUGUCGACAUCAACGCUCCUCCUGCUUUUGGCUCUCACUGGCGUGUGCCAUUGUUCUGUGUGUCCUAAGUCCUGGACUCGACAUGGCAACUCGUGUUAUGCCUACAUUGGGCAGCUGCUUCCGUGGGUAGAUGCUAGGAGCCUCUGCAGGGUGUUUGGUGGUCACCUCGUCGAAAUCACCUCAGCCUCGGAAAACACUUUUGUUCGGAAUUUGAUCAACAACAAGGGCGCGGGCAAGGUCUGGUUAGGAAUCAACGACUUUGUGCAAAAUGGACGCUGGGUAUUAACAUUAAAUGGAAGAGGUAUUUCUUACUCCAACUGGGCACGAGGAGAGCCGAACAACUUGCAUAAUAAACAGGCCUGUGGCGCCAUCUACAGCAACGGGCUAUGGGAUGAUGAAUAUUGCAGUGUCUCGCGCACGUUUCCUUUUGUCUGUGAGAAGUGAGUACAGGUGUUGUCACAAAGAAGGCUGUGCUAGUAACAGGAGAAACAGCAGUCCAAGAGGGGAGGAUUCGGUAACAGAGUAGUGGCAGUGACAACCGUCUCUGGAUACUGUAGGAGGAUGUUUCCUGAACAUUUUUUCAGUUUUAUCGAAAAGACAAUAAAACAAUUGCACCUCA